GGCCACUUAUCUACUCCGCUCCGGUGUGGGAUCGCAGAAGGCGAGAUAGUAGAAUAUCUAUAGAGUAAUGUCUAUCUUGGUAUCUAUCUAGAGAUAAACAUUGAUGCUGGAGAGAUUAUAAUACUGGAUUUUCCUUUGCGUCUUCUAGAUUUGAAAGUGUUUGCUUACGGCCUACAUUUGCAUUGCGUUUACGUCUAAUUUGUUGUUGUUGAUAAGUCCCGUAUAGAGGGAGCCAGACGUAAUGAGAUCGAAGGACCUUAUCUGUCUUGCCCUAAGUUGCUUCUCGGCACUCGUCCAAGCUUGCGGCGGACAUGACCAUCAGGUUAGAGAAUGGACUCAAGAGGAACUUGACGAAUUAGAAAAGAAAUGGGGGGCGGAGUGGGGGUUCUCGGGGAUUUCCACGUUCGCUCACCUGGAAUAUCACAAGUGUCUAACGACGCCGAGCGAGCUCUUCGACAUCGCCAUCAUCGGCGCUCCCUUUGAUACCGCGGUGAGCUACCGGCCUGGAGCGCGCUUCGGCCCCCGCGCCAUCCGCGCAGCCUCGGCGCGGCAGACCUCCUUCCGAGGCUUCAACCCCCGCGCCGGAAUCAACCCCUACGCGAGCUGGGCGCGGAUCUUGGACUGCGGAGACAUCCCCGUAGUCCCGGUAGACAACGCGGUGGCGGUGAAGCAGAUGACAGCUGCGUUCACGGAGCUCGGGGCGCGCGCCCCGUCUUCACCCUCCCUGCACCCGCGCCCUAAGCUCGUCACGCUGGGCGGCGAUCACAGCCUAUCCCUACCGGCGCUGCGAGCGGCGUUCGCAGCCCACGGCCCGCUGCGCGUGCUCCAUUUCGACGCGCACCUGGAUACCUGGCACCCGGCCAAAUACCCCAGCUACUGGGCCUCGGAGCAGUCGCGCUUCACGCACGGCUCCAUGUUUUACUUGGCUGGGGAAGAGGGACUGAUAGCGAACGGGACGGGGUCCGCAAGUGUGCAUGCUGGGUUGCGGACACGGCUGUCUGGCUUGGAAGACUACGAAGACGACGAUGCGCAGAACUGGGUGCGUAUUAGUGCGGAUGAUGUCGAUGAGCUGGGGACGAAGGGGAUUGUAGAGAGUAUCAUGGGCACGCUGGGGACGGAGGACCCGGUUUACUUAUCGGUUGAUAUCGACGUGUUAGAUCCGGCGUUUGCGCCAGGGACGGGGACGCCGGAGCCGGGAGGGUGGACUACGCGGGAACUGAUCCGGAUACUGAGGGGGAUUGAGGGGUUGAAUCUUGUAGGCGCGGAUGUGGUGGAGGUUGCGCCGGCAUAUCAGGGGGUUGGGGAGGAGACGGCGCUGGCGGCGGCGCAGGUUGUGUUUGAGAUACUGAGUAGUAUGGUUAAGAGGGGGUUGAAGGAGAUGGGGAAGACGGGGGCGAGUGGGGAGGGGAAUGGCGAUAGGGAUGAGUUAUAGACGUAGGGGAUAUCUAUACGGAGUAGCUCCGUUUCGAGCGCGGGUAGAGAUACUUGAGGUAUUAGGCGGGAAUAGCUACUGGGUUUGGAGUUAUGUUUGGUGAAGAGUUUGAGCUAGAUGUUACGGUGGGAUGACUAACUCGGUGACAAUAUGAUGGAGUUGUUGCGUGAAGAUUCUGAGUAUAAAAGCAACACUAAUUUUCUACGGUGUAGUCUUCAGACUAGAUAUCCGAUGAAACUAUUUUCACGAACAGAUUCAAGAAGAGCAUUGUUAUCCGGGCUAUGCUCCAAUUGAUAGCCGGGCUAUGUUUCAUUUUUUUGAGAUCACGUGAUGCGCCCCCCGCAUCCUUCGGCCAAUCAAUUCACACCAUUUCAACCUUUGAACUUAUACACAUACCUUUACAUACA